AUGUCGGCUGUGCGUGGGGAUGAAAGCUGGUUCGAGGGGCCCCCAGGGAAUGUUUUCCUAGGGCCCCCACAGACUCUAGAACCACCACUGGCUCUGCGUCUCAGCGGGGGCAGAAACCCCUUCGAGGGCCGGGUGGAGGUCCUGAUGGAGAGGAACGGGUCCCUGGUCUGGGGCACGGUGUGCAGCGAGGGCUGGGGCACGAUGGAGGCCAUGGUGGUCUGCAGGACGCUGGGACUCGGGUUCGCCAGCAACGCCUUCCAGGAGACGUGGUACUGGCCGGGCGAUGUGAGUGCUGACUCUGUGGUGAUGAGCGGGGUCCGAUGCUCCGGCACUGAGAUGUCUCUGAACCACUGCCUGCACCACGGGGCCCACCUCAGCUGCUCCAAGGGGGGGGGCCGCAACGCCGCCGGGGUCUCCUGCUCAGAGA